UGGUGCGAUAAGGGGCUACCGACUUCGAAAACAAUGGGCUUUCGCUAGCCCGGGGUCAGUGUAUCGGAGAUGAUUUCUGGUACGGUGUGGAUUCUUCUGGUGCUCGCGGUAGUCCUGUUACUGGGGUUGUACCUUCGCAAUGUUCUUAUGUCCAGGCGGGUAUAUUGGCGCAGUCGGAGGAUUCCUUUCGUUGCGUGGCCACACCUGCUGUUCGGAAAUGUCCGAGGUCUUUGGAGUAGCGAACAUUCCUCGACGCUGCUGCAACGGAUUUACCGAGAUUUGAAGGAACGGCGACUGGCAGCCGGUGGAUUUAAUCUGUUCGUAUCGCCUUCGAUAUUGGUGAUCGAUCCGGAUCUGGUGCAACAGAUAUUGGAGAAGGGUGCUGAAGUGUUUCGAGACCGGGGACUGUACGUGGAUUCGGCCAUGGAUCCACUGAGUGAUACCUUGUUUGGAUUGGGUGGAAAGCAGUGGCAAGAGAAGCGAGUGCGACUGGCUCCGGUGUUUAGUGAGCAGACUAUAAGGCGUGUGUUUGGAACGAUUGCAAGUGUUGCCAACGAGCUGCAAGUUGAGAUUCGGAAGAAUUAUGACCGUUCGGAGAUAGACGUUCAGGAAUGGGUUUAUCGGUACGUAACGCAUGUUUUGGGAACAAGCGUGUUUGGUGUUCGAUGCCGGACGAUUCAGUAUUCUAAUACGGAGUUCCGAGCCACUGGGGAAAAGGCAGGCGAAUUCAGCUGGAUUACGCUUUUGAAGCACUGGGCUGGAGUAGCACUGCCAAGCAUUGCUAGGAAAAUGGGUCUACGAAUAACGGAUGCAUCCGUCGAGAAAUUCUACGCAGGAUUGUGCACGGCAACGGUAUUACACCGGAAGAGCUACGGCGUUUGGAAGGAUGACAUCCUCCAGCUGUUAAUACGGCUCCGUGAGGAACAGAAGAUCUCAAUGGAUGAACUGACCACCCAGUGUUACUCCUUUGUCAAAUAUGGCUUGGAAACGUGUACUUCGGUGAUGACCUUCUGUCUGUACGAGUUAGCCAAAAACGACACAAUUCAGAACCGUCUGCGAGAGGGGAUCAACCACUCUCUGGAGGAUACGGAUGGUCAGUUAACGUACGAAGUUAUCAUGUCCAUGCCCUACCUGGACCAGGUGGUGAACGAAACGAUGCGAAAGUACCCUCCGAUGGACUUGCUUUACCGUCGAUCGAACACCACGCACAGCAAAAUUCCGAAGGGGACACUUUUCGUGAUCCCCGUCUACGCAUUACACCACGAUCCUGACCACUUUCCAUCCCCGGAGAAAUUCGAUCCGGAUCGCUUCGCAUCGGGAGUAAAAACUCGACAUCCCUACUGCUAUCUCCCGUUCGGAGCCGGCCCCCGUGGCUGUGUGGGAGCUCAUUUCGGUUCUCUGGUGGUCAAGAUCGGACUGGUGACGUUGUUGCGCAAUUUUCGGUUCGUUCUACCCGCUGACGACAACAACGACGACGACGGUGGAUUCCAACCGGGAGAGGUAAAGUUCAAACCGAACGCACUGGUGCUUAGCCCCAUCGAGGGUAGUCUGCGGCUGGGAGUUGAACGAAUAUAGAUA